AUGGGGGAUGAAGACAAUUGGGACGGCGGCAUAGCUAUGGCACCAGCCAUGAUGAUGGCUGCACAAAAUACAGAGAGAGAAGAAGAGCAGUGGAGGAAUUUUAACAACUCAGUCAAUGCAGUUUCCUUGGGUUUUGUUGCUACUGCCAUUCUCAUAUCAAUGUUUCUUGUUAUGGCUAUUUUUGAGAGAUUUUUCAGGCCCAGAUCAUCACAUCUGCCUUCAACUUCUCGAACCACUCGUUUCGAUCUCCAGCAACAGAUUGUCUACCAGAAUCCCAAGCUUGAUCACCACUCUCCCAAAAUGACAAGCUAUGCCAAAGAAGUUUCUGUGGUGAUGCCUGGAGAAGAUAUUCCUACUUUCAUUGCACAUCCUGCACCUGCACCAUGCCCCAGAGAGCGCGCCGCGUGGCCUCUGCAUCAACACAAGCCAUGCCUCAACCCCUCCUCCUCAAGCUGA